AGUAUAAUGUCGGGUGUCUACAAUAAUUCUGGAAGUAGAAUGAGGUCGAAGAACUUUGAGAAGCAUCAGGUUCCGUCGGAUAUGGCUUUUUUCCAAAAGUUCCGCAAGCAAUCACAUUCCAACGAGACAGUAGAUUGCAAAAAGAAACAAGAGGAGAGAGUUCGCGAACCGCCUGCACAGGAGAAAAUCAAGACGCCAGAAAAAAUCUCCUGCGAUCCCUCCGAAGUCAGGGAAGACGCAGAGGAUGGCAGUGAGAUACAGCCAGUCAAAAGUGCCGGAAGAAUUCCAUUCGUCAAACUGAUGCCAUCGCGAAACGAACUGGAGUGGGAAGACGCUGGAUCACAAACUGAUCAUUCGGAUGUGUCCGAUGGCCAUUACUCCGACGAGACAGUCGAGGAGAAGCACAAUCGAGAGCAUCGAAAUAAGACGAAGGCUGACAAUAGAACUCGCCGUAUCGCUGAAAUAAGAAGAAAGCAUAAUAUUAAUGCAUGAUAUUUAAACUUGUAUAUUUCGUGGCCAUCGCACAUUCAUAAAGUCGUGUUUUUCU